CUCGACCGAUCUAACAGUAAUCUACUCAACACCAUACCUUCCUUUUUCCCGCCCGCCAGCCAGCCAGUCAAACCCACCCAUUUCACUUCUUGCCCUACUGGUGGCCCAACGAUACCUGUCCUAACUUCAUCCUCCGCAUUGAUUGAUUUGGUGUACUUAGUACUUCCAGCAGGACUGCGACAAUGGCACAAAUACGCGGAACGGCAGGCUAUAAUCUGGGCGGCCAGAACAACUUUGGAGGUCCCAGCAUGGGAGACAAAGGGAGCGACCCAAGUCCGCUUGAUGCGAUUCGAGAGCAGACCAGCAAGAUUGAAGAUUUCCUGGACACAUUCAGUGAUCCUGUGAAGCCGUACGUCCCUCCCUAUGCUGUGCUAUGGCAAACAAGCACCAGAAGCUUCCCGGAUGCAGGCAAGGACAGCUCAUAGCUCCAGGGCGCCUUUCAUGAUCUGCGAUUGUCUUAUGCCUGGUAAAAACAGUGUACUGAUAUUCCUGUGCUCUUAGAUACCUACCAGCAAUUGGGCGAUUUCUCAUAGUUGUCACUUUCUUGGAGGACGCGGUCCGAAUCAUUACCCAAUGGAACGAUCAGUUAUUGUACCUCCAUGAUUGGCGAAAGAGUAAGCAUAAUUGCCUGUCUAUUUUUACUUUAUAGGGAAAACUAAUAUUUUGGUGCUGGCAGUUCCAUCUGGUCUCACCCAUUUGUUCCUGAUCAUCAACGUCAUCGCUAUGCUCUCUUGCUCAUCCCUUGUUAUCGCUCGAAGAUACUCCGACUACGCUGUUGGUGGACUUAUUGGAGUUGUUGUGACACAAGCUUUGGGAUACGGAUUGAUCUUUGAUCUUAACUUCUUCCUACGCAACUUGUCAGUGAUGGGUGGUUUAUUAAUGGUUCUCUCCGAUUCAUGGGUACGGAAAUCAAAGGCCUUUGCUGGAUUGCCAUCCAUUGAUGAGAAGGAUCGCAAGAUGUACUUCCAGCUUGCUGGACGUGUCCUCUUGAUCUUUCUCUUUGUUGGCUUUGUUUUCAGCGGUGAAUGGAGCAUCUGGAGAGUAAUUGUUGCUGCCUUUGGUUUUGUGGCAUGUGUUAUGGUUGUCGUUGGUUUCAAGGCAAAGUUCAGUGCUAUCAUGCUUGUCCUUAUCUUGAGCGUCUUCAACAUAUUGGUUAACAACUUCUGGACUGUAAGCACACCCUAUCCCAAAAAUCAAAUUCCCAAACUAAUAAUCCUGUAGCUCCAUGAGCACCAUCCACACAAGGAUUUCGCAAAGUACGAUUUCUUCCAGAUCCUUUCCAUCGUAGGAGGACUUCUCCUUCUCGUAAACAGCGGGCCAGGAAAAUACAGUAUCGAUGAGAAGAAGAAGGUCUACUAAGUAAUGAGGCGAAUGAGACAUGAAGGGAGAGAUUUACUUGGCCACUCUAGGAGGAAAAGGAGUAGCGAAACCUUUUUAGGAAAGCAAAGCAAGCAAGUAAAACGAAAACUACUGGAGGGGGUUUCCCGCAUUGGGUGGAGUUCAAUCAUGAUCAAGCAAUAAGGAAAAAGGGAAAGGACGUCUGUCUCUGUCUUUAAUUUUUUUUCUACUGCAGAAAAGAAUAUACUGGAGAGACUUUUUGAUUUGUGUUUUUCUUCUCCUUUCCGGAAUCUGGGCGGCUUCCUCGAAGGCAUUAGCAUCUUACGUCUCUCUAUUUCAAACAUGUAAAAUUUUUCAACUGCGAAA